AUGGUUGUACGACCGAACAAAUCUGUUCUUUUGUUACAGUUGAUAGACCCGGUGAAUAUACGCUAUUUCAAUUGCAAGAUGUUCUUUUCAACCUAUGUUGUAGCUAUAUUAGCGACAACUGUUUUUGCUGCUCCCUUGACGAAGAGGGACACUUCAUUCAACCCGCUUGACCAUGUCGAUUUGUUUUACGGGACUGAAAAUGGAGGUAAUGUGUUUCCUGGUGCCACUCGUCCUUUUGGAAUGGCCAAAAUCGGUGUUGAUGUGUUGGAUUCCAGCUUUGGUAAUGCAUAUUCUGGUUAUGCUCCGGGUGGUGUAAUUACUGGUGUUUCAAUGAUGCAUGAAAGUGGCACUGGUGGUGCUCCAGAAUACGGUGUUGUUGCUCAAUUGCCUUUCACGGAGGAUUUUAAUUAUCAAAAUCAGGUCACAUUGACACGAACUCAACACGAUACGGCUAAAGUAGGCUAUUAUGCCACAAACACCAGCAGUGUUGAUAUUGAAAUUACUGCUGGUGAAAGAUUUGGAAUAUUGAAGUAUAAUUUCCACAACGUAAGCCAGUAUACCUCAAAAGUAUUAGUAAACGCCAGUCAUCACUUAACAGCCCCAGAUAGAUCUUGGUGGACACAGUAUUUUGUGAACGGGUCCCUUGAUGCUACCGCUGAAGGCUAUACCGGAGUAUCGACUUUCAAAGGAGGCUGGGGAGAUCAAUCGCCAUGGAGUAUCUACUACUGCUGUAAUUUCACAGAGCAUGCGAAUUCGGUAUUAUCCUUCAAUAAAAACGGAAUUAAAAAGGGGCAAACCUCCAUUUCUUCAACAACCCAAGAUGAUUCUUUUGGUAUGGUUUUUGAUUUUGGUCAAGUGGGCGAAGUUGUGAGUCGAGUUGGUAUUUCCCAUAUUUCAGUGAGCCAAGCUUGUUCCAAUAUAAAUGACCAACAUGAUUUUCUGUCUUUGCUACAAGAAACAAAGGAAGUUUGGGAUGAGGAAGUUUUCAACAGGUUUGAGUUGAGUGGGGAUCAAAACACAGUUGACCAGUUUUAUACCAACUUAUAUGGCACCCACUUGAUCCCUACCAACAAGACGGGAGAAAAUCCCAAUCACGGGUGGAAGUCAUCAGACGUCUAUUAUGAUGAUUUUUUCACCAUCUGGGAUUCCUUUAGAUGCUUGAAUCCAUUGAUCAAUGUCGUUAAUCCAACUAGAGGCUCCGAAAUUGUGCAAUCUUUGGUUAAUAUAUACAACAAUGAAGGGUGGACGCCAGAUGGUAGAUCAGCUAACCAAAAUGGAAGAGUUCAAGGUGGAACAAAUUCUGAUAUUGUUAUGGGUGACGCAGCCGUCAAGGGGAUAGAGAAUAUUGAUUGGGCGGCUGCGUAUUCGGCAAUGAAAAACAAUGCUGAAGUGCAACCGCCUUAUUGGUAUGAUCUGUUUGCUCCCGAUGCCUCCACAAAGCAAGGUAGAGGUGCACUCCCUGAUUGGUUAAAAUAUGGGUACAUUACUAGGAAGUAUACCAGGUCUGUGAGUCGUACUGUGGAGUAUGCUUAUGACGAUUUUGCAUUGAGUCAAGUUGCAAAGAAAUUGGGUAACCAAGAGGAUUAUGAGAAAUAUCUUGCCCGGUCUGCAAAUUGGCAAAAGAUUUGGAACAAAGAUGCUUCUGCUGAUGGAUACAACUACACCGGUUUUCUUCAACCACGUAAUGCUGAUGGCUCAUUCAAUUCGACAAAUUACGAUCCAUUUUCAUGUGGUGGUUGUUAUUGGGGUGAUGACGAAUAUGAAGGUAAACCAGUUGAAUAUGGGUUCGCCGUGCCACAUGACAUUGAGUCUUUGGUAUCAUUGAUUGGUGACAAUGAUACUUUUGUCCAAAGGAUUAAUGAUUUGUAUCCAUUGCAUGGAAAGAAGGUAGCUGAUGUUGGUAAUGAACCUAGUUUUUUAACUCCAUUCUUGUUUAAUUAUGUCAAUCAACAAUACCGGUCAGUUGAAUUGGUGAAGUACAUUUUGGCAAACGAUUUCAAACUGGGUAGUCAAGGGUUGCCAGGGAAUUCUGAUGGAGGAGCAAUGCAAGCUUGGGUUAUUUUUAGUUUAAUGGGGUUGUAUCCAGUUGCUGGUACCACCACUUACUUAAUCACCACACCAUCGUUGAGUAACAUCAAAUUAAAAUUGGAAAAUGGUGCCGCAUUUGAGAUCAGAGCCAACAACUUGUCAGAGAACAAUAUUUACGUGCAAAGUUUGAAAGUAAAUGGUCAAGAUUGGAUCAAAAACUGGGUUGAUCAUGAAACCGUGUUUGGGGAGAAUGGUGGCUCAAUUGAGUUUGAAUUGGGUAGUGACCCCAAAGUUUGGGAAUCAGGAGAUGCACCACCAAGCGUUGGCCAUUACACAGUAUCCGAUUAG